UUGAACUUUUGGUUGAGUUAGUUCCUUCAAAAACUGUGCUAAAGUAAAGUUCUGCAAAUAAAUAUUUAAAGUUUCCCUUCUUCCAUCCUGCUUCCUUCUUCUAUCUCUAACACAUUACAAUAAUUGGUUAGUAAAAAUAAAAGUCAAAUGGCUAAUAGGCUCAACCGCCCCCCUGCUGGGAUUUUAAUUCCCCAUUCGUCCCCUAUAAAUAAGCCCCCCACUAACUUCUCGCAAUAAUUCCAUUUCUUAAAUAAAUAAAUAAAUUCAGCGAAAUAAAAGAAAAAUCCGGCAAUUAAGAAUGGUGUGCUUCUGCUUUCUGGUUGAUCAGACGAGGGAGGUGCGGCGGAGCAAGCCGGCGGCGGGGACGUGCUCCCGGUGCGGCGGCGGCGCUAGCGUCGCCGACAUGAAGACCGCCACGCGCUUCUGCUACGUCCCUUUCUACUCCAAGAACUGGAAGGCCAUUGUCUGCACAUUUUGUGGUGCCGUCCUCAGGUCUUACCACUAGGCUAGGAUCCAAUUUUUAUUUAUUUAUUUAAUUAAUUAAAAUACGGAUUAUUAUUAUGAUAUUUUUAAUCCGUAUUUCAAUUAAUUAUUAUACUAAUUAUUAUCGUUGUAUUAAAGUAUUAUUAAUACACGCUAACAAUGUUCACAUUCACUAUCCAUCCAUGCCGGCAGAGCAUAUAUAUGUGUACGUAUAAUUGUUCUGCAAAUUUUGUCACAUAUAUUAUAUUUAAUGCAUAAACAAUAUACUCCCUCCGUCCCGGAAAACAUGGGAGUUUUGGUUUUGGAGAGGGAUUUAAGGGGAGUGUAAUUUGGUAUUGAAUUUCCAAAAAUAUCCUUUGAUGUGAUGGGUAAAAGUAUGAUUUGAUGAAUAGAUUAUUAGUAAAAAGGUAUGAUGUGAUAGGUAGGGUAUGAAAAAGUAAGGGGUAAAAGUGACUUUUUAAUAGAAAUAAGAAGUGUUUUUUGGGACGGAUGAAAAAAGAAAGGAGAAAGAUUUUCUGGGACGGAGGGAGUACAUUUUGUGCUUUGGAAUAAACAUUGAUAUGUACA